AUGAGCACAGUCAAGGAAGCGGUGACAUUCAAGGAUGUGGCUGUGGUCUUCACCAAGGAGGAGUUAGGGCUGCUCAACCCUGCCCAGAGGAAGCUGUACCGAGAUGUGAUGGUGGAGAAUUUCAUGAACCUGGUCUCUCUGGGAAUUCAGCCCUUCAAACACAAUAUAUUCCACUUGGUAAGAGGAAAAAGUCUUUGGAUAAUGAAGCCAAGAACACAAAGAGAAGAGAAUUCAGGAGGCAAGAUCCCAAGUGAGAUGGAGCCUGCUCCAGAAGUACGACCAUAUGAGGAGCUUUCCUGCUGGCAAAUCUGGCAACAGAUUGCAAGUGUGUUAACCAGAUAUCAAGACUACAUAAUACGUAGUUCUCAGUUCCACAGACAGAGUGCAGAGAAACCUUAUCAAUGUGAUAAGUGUACAAAAACCUUCAGUGAUGUCUCCAGCUUUGAUCUUCAUCAACAGUCACACUCAGGAGAAAAGUCUCAUACAUGUAGCGAGUGUGGGAAAAGCUUCCGUUAUAGCUCAGUUCUUCGUAUUCAUCUGAGAAUUCACACAAGAAAGAAACCCUGUAAGUGUCAUGACUGUGGUAAGGAAUUUAGUCAGAACUCACAUCUGCAAAUGCAUCAGAUAGUCCACACUGUAGAGAAAUCACACAAAUGUGAAGAAUGUGGGAAAGUCUUCAGUGAUAAAUUAGCACUUAAUGUCCACUGCAGAGUCCAUUCACAGGAGAAACUUUGUAAAUGUGACCAAUGUCAGAGGGGCUUUAUUUGUUCUUCGCAUCUUCAGGAAAGUCAGAAAAUCAACACUGGGAAGAAACGUUUCCAAUGCAGUGCUUGUGGUGAGAACUUUCGUCGUAGAUCAGCACUUAAUACCCAUUAUAUGCUUCACCCAGGAGAGAAACCAUACAAAUGUGAAUCAUGUGGGAAAGGCUUUAAUCAGGCCUCACAUCUUCUGAUCCAUCGGAGAGGCCACAGUGGAGAAAAACCAUUCAAGUGUGAAGAGUGUGGGAAACGCUUUGUUCAGAAGUCACAUCUUCGAUCCCAUCAGGGAAUCCAUGCAAGAGACAAGCCAUACAAAUGUGAGGCGUGUGGGAAGAGCUUUAUGACAAAAUAUUAUUAUGAGUUUCAUCUGGUGGGUCACACUGGAGACAAACCCUAUAAAUGUGAAGUGUGUGGGAAAGGCUUUAGCCGUAGAGGAGAUCAUAAAAUUCAUUGUAGAAUCCAUAUGGGAGAGAAACCCUACAAUUGUGAGGAAUGUGGCAGGGCCUUCAUUCGUGCUUCACGUUUUCGGGAACAUCGGAGAAUCCACACUGGGGAGAAACCAUUCAGAUGUGAUGCAUGUGGUAAGGACUUCCAUUUCAGAUCAUCAUUUAUCAAUCAUUGUAAAAUCCACACAGGAGAGCAGCCAUACAAAUGUGAGCACUGUGGGAAGGGUUUCAGUUUUCGCUCAAAAUUUUAUAUCCAUAAAAGGGUCCACACGGGAGAGAAACCCUAUCAUUGUGAGGAGUGUGGGAAGGGCUUCACUCAGGCUUCAUAUCUUCUGACCCAUCAGAAAGUCCACACUGGAGAAAAGCCGUUCAAAUGUAAAUAG